AUGUGUAUUUCAGAUUCCCAUCCGCCUAGGUUAUCGUGCCCAGCUGACAUCAUCCACCAGUCAGAAACACCUGACGUACGUAUUGAGUGGGACGAACCUAUCCCCGAGGACAACUCUGGCCAGACGGUCAGUCUGACAUCCAACCACGGACCAGGGGUGCGCUUUUUCCAGUAUGGGGUGUACACGGUGGCGUAUACUUCUGUGGAUAAAGCAGGGAAUCAGGCGAACUGUGACUUCACUAUAUCUCUCCAGAGUAACCAGGUCCCUGUCCAGGUCUCCACCUCCAUGUCCUUCAGUUUCAACGACGCUCCCUGCCGAGGCGGUCCCGACUUUGCAGAUGUGAUGAGGACCCAGUUGAUGACGUCAAUGACGAAUACCGGGACAUGCCGCGUAGCUACAGAUAACAGAGUGACUCUUUGUAAUGAUAAGUCUUCGCAGGUUAUAAAAUCGUCAUGCCAAUCUGUUAAUGAGCGCAAGCGACGAGAUAUGAAUAGUUGGGACAUUCCUUACAUUGACAUUCCAAAGUGCAAAGAGGAUCCCACUGGCUGUGACUUUAGUCCGCCCCUGAGCCGUCGCCAAAAAUACAACAAGCGUCAUCCUAAAACUGCAGACUUAUCAUUCAUAACGUCAUUUCAAAAUAAGGAAUCGCUGCAUAAACUUCAAGAGAAUGAGAUGCAUAAGUUAGCGAAAGGUGCGGAAGAAAAACUAGUGGAAAUAGAAAAGAUGGCAUACUCUUAUGGUGAGGUGAUUCGCGUCAGAAGACAAAGUGGUGUCAGAAGUGGGAUUGAAGUGACGGUACGAGCGACUGUUUCUCCCGACACAAACAAUGGGGGUACCCAAGACGACUUGUGCUCAUUGGAACAGCGCUUGAACGCCGUGAUAAAAAUCGUGAAGGAAAAAGUGACAUCGGGUUCGAUGUUCAUCACUAUUGACGGAGAUUCGCACACGGUUAAUUCGGAUUCCUUUGCGUCCUCAGGCAUUACUCACUUAUACGCCGAUGGAAGAACGUCAACUGGAACAACCUGUGUCAAAAACUCUAGCUGGAGAAAAGCCGUGGCUAUCGCCGUGCCGUGCUGCCUCCUAGCGAUCGUUCCUUGCAUUGCAUUUGCCUGGCUUUCCCGCCGAAAGAGCAAACGACAACGACAACAGCGAUGGGACCCACGGUUCAGUGAUCUCCACACACGGAGCAACCCCAGUUUCAAUCCUUAUGAUUUGGAACCGGUAUAUGAAGAUAUCCCAGCACGGAUGCCCGGCACCAAACAAUCGAAAGGCGGUCUAAGAGUCAGUCUGCCACCGCUUCCAAGAAAGGAGAACAUCUACAGUGUCGACCCAACUGAGUGGAAGAACCGUUCACAUGCGGCUUCCGGUCGUCCAUAUCCAUCGGAGGACUUCGCCAGUAAAUUCCCUUCGCCUAGUCUAAAGUGUUACCCUGGUAGCAGCUAUUCCAUGAGCCCUAACCCGAAAGCGCUUUCACGACAUAACCAGCCGUUUGACAAAGGUCGCAGGUCAAGCCUUGUGAGCCAAGCUUCAGGAAAGUUCUCCACCCGAAGUGAUGUUUCGACUGUGUAUGAAGACAUAAGUGACUUUGGAAGUACAUAUAGCUUUGCGACACCCACAAAAGUUGUAAGAGAGAACUAUAGGGGUCCCUGUGGUGGUUAUUCUGUAAACUUUGGAAAUACCAGCUCAAAAAAGAGCAAGAAAUAGUCAUGCCUAUACAAGUAACGGAUUUAUCAACCAAGGAUUGAGGCGUUCAAAAACUCAAAAUAUAGUCUCUCCGGUAAAGACUCUGACCUACUCGAGUCUGUACGACAGACUUUUACAAUUAAACAUCCCAUUCUUAGAUA